AUGUCAUUAUUACAAAAACCUGCUCCAUUGAAUUCACCAAUUGCACCAAGAUCUCAAAAGUCAAUAAAUAACCUAAAUCAAUAUUGCAAUGAUAUAGACUUCAAAAGUAUACUAAAACCAACCUCACCUAGCAAAACUAAUAUCACAAGUCCUCUCAGAAGUGUCAAAAUUAAUAUAGAUUCAAAUUCGUCAAUUCCGAGACCUCCCAAUAUUAGGAACCCAAAAUUGUCUUCAUCUGCUACAUUUAAUAUAAAAUCAGACUCACCUAAAUCAUCCAAUACAUUAUCAUUAGAAGAUCAAAAGGUUAAACUAAAAGAUACCUAUAUACAAAAACUAAAAUAUAUUCAAAAAUUAGAACAAGAAUUAAGUUUAUCCAAAUUUGAAUUAAAAGAAAUAGAAUGCAACAUAGAAGAAAUUAAUAGAAAGCAGUUACUAAAUUCAACAUCAUCAUCCAUCCCGAAUGAUUUUUAUAAUCAAGCUUACAUACAAACUGAAAAGGAUUUAACAGAUUUAAAAAUAAGCAAUAGCUCAAAACCCAUUAAUCAAGAUAGUCCAUUAAAGACUAAGACUUCAUUCUUUAUAAAUUCUGCAAUUGGUGAGAUACAACAAAUACAGAAAAAGGCAUCAGUCAUAUUUAACAACAAUCAAAGUCACGACAAGGAAAAUAAUAGAGAUAAAGAAAACAUCAAUUUAUCAAAUUUGUUGAAAAACUCAAAUCAAAAAAUAGAUACAUUGAGCAGACAAACAAGUCAAUUUUUCAAUGAUAUUUUCAAAGACAAUUCAGACAAUAAAGAAGUACAACAUAUAAAUGAGUUCGAUAUAAAUCAUUUACAAAAUAAUGUUCAAGUAAUUUACGAGAACGUAGACAUUGACGAAUACGAUUCAUCCUUUGAUGAAGAAGAACCAAUCGAUUUUAAAUAA